UGGCUUCCCCAGUGAUUUUACCCACGCACCGCUACUGAUUGUAUCAUUUCAAAUCCAAAAUGCUUGAGUACAGAGCCAAAACAACAACAAACAUUGUCACUGUCCCAAUACCUUUGGACCUCACUGUAUGGUUUCCUGAAUUAGAGCAGAUGGUGGUAACAAAUAGCAUAGUCCUACUGUCUAUAUUUUGUUUUUUUAAAAGCACACAUUUUGCCUAGUGGCACCGUGGCACACGGUUAAGUUGUGACCACACUCAGCUAAUCAUCCUAAAACAGGGGUGUCGAACAUAUAGCCCGCGGGCCGGAUCCGGGGGUGGUUUGAGUCUACCUCGGUUACCUCAUACCCCUGCACAUCAACUCUGUACUGGUACCCUGUGUAUACAGCCGAGUUAUCUUCACUCAUUAUUAUUACUUGUUAUUACUUUUCUAUUAUUUCUCCAUUUUCUUUCUCUCUGCAUUGUUGGGAUGGGCCGUAAGUCCAACAAUCUCUCCCUCAAUGUGAGCAAGACAAAGAAGCUGAUCGUGGACUAUAUGAAAAGGAGGGCCGAACAGGCCCCCAUUAACAUCGACGGGGCUGAAGUGUUGCAGGUCAAGAGUUUGGGCCAAACACACCAAAACAGUUGUGAAGAGGGCACGACAACACCUUUUCCCCCUCAGGAGACUGAAAAUAUUUAGCAUGGGUCCCCAGAUCCUCAAAAAGUUCUACAGCUGCACCAUUGUGAGCAUCCUGACCAGUUGCAUGAAAUGGUCACUGGACAGCUGCUGCUCGCUGUUUAUAAUCUAUGCAUAGUCACUUUACAAACUACCUUGAAUAACCUGUACCCCUGCAUAUUGACUCAGUACCGAUACCCCCUGCAAAUAGCCUUGUUAUUGUUAUCUAAUUUUAUUGUGUUACUUUUUUUAUUUAAUUUUUUACUUUAGUUUAUUUAGUAAAUAUUUUCUCAACUCUAUUUCUUGAACUGCUUUGUUGGUUAACGGCUUGUAAUUUAGCGUUUCACGGUAAGGUCUACACCUGUUGUAUUCGGCACACAUGACAAAUAAAAUUGGAUUCGAAGUAAGCAUUUUACUGUUAGUCUACACCUGUUGUUUAUGAAGCUUCUGACAAAUACAAUUUGAAAAAACAAACUCAAUAUACUCAACAUAAUACAAUUAUUCAAACCAAAUCAAAACUGUGUAGAGAUGUUGAUCGACCUGUAUUCAUACAGUGUCUUGACUGUCCAGCUCGCUAAUAAUCACUAGACAGUUGGGGUUCAUCGAAAAUAACCCUAAACUAUGGUUAGAGGACAAUUUUUUAGCAGAUUUGGAAUGCAAGGAAAUAACCCAUUUUCAGUGCAGCCGUCUGGACCUCGUUGAAAACCGAACGUAUCCCCCAGGGCAAAAUGACUCCGGACACCCCUGUCCUAAAAUGUGUUUUUGGUCUAAGAGUAACGUUAUACUUAAGCAAUAAGGCCAGAGGAGGUGUGGUAUAUCACCAAAAUACCACGGCUGUCAGCCAAUCAGCAUUCAGGGCUCAAACCACCCAGUUUAUACUAUAUGAUUUUGUAUUAGGUUCUGUUAUGUAGAAUGCUAAUAAAACAUGUGACUUUAGUUAGCAAGCCUCACUGUGAGAAGUGACGAAGCUUCUGUUUCAUGCAGUCAGUUCUUCUACUGUCGGGAGAAAAGGUAUUGCAUAUUAAUAUAGGCUAUGUUAAUUGCACGUAAAUAAAGGUUGCUUCUCUGCCACACCCACAACGGGAGCACAAUCAUGGCCUCCGAUUCGCAGGUGGACACGUUGGAACAGACUCAGGGUCUGUUUCUGUGGCAUCAGAAACGCUAAAAGGCUCAUGGUUAGUGUAGUAUUUUGUGCUCUCUGAAACCAACUAACGGCAAAAACAGUGGUUGAAACAUUCAUAAACGGGUGGGCACUAGAUCAACAUUCGAAUUGCUUUGCAAUCUCAGGAGAAAAUGGAACGUCUACGUUCCACAAUAAUAACAUCACCAUCGCGAACAUAUCUCGUGUUUUUUUAUGAUGAUUCCUUUAGUAAAAGGGAGUUAUGAAAUCUGAAGACACAUUAAGUUAACUGAAACACAUUCAACCAAUCAUAUUUACUUUUCUAACAUGAACUUCUGCGCUGCACAGGUGUGUGAAUUGUCUUACUUAGUCUUUUUAGUGUUUCCUUAACACAGAAGAGGACGCUGUUAUGCCUAAAUUCGACCCAAAACCAACAAAGAAGUCUGGAGUGUCGAGAGCGGUUGUAGGGAACCAAUCAAUAUGUCAAGAAAAGCUCUAAACCAUGCCAGCCCACACUUCAUUUCUAUCUAGUACGAGACUGAACUGUGUGUUAUAUGGAUCCAAGCUGCUAGUUUUUUUAUCUACAGAAAUUGUGCCCACUGGGGGAGCAAAUCAACUUGGUUGAAUCAACUUUCAUUUUAACCCCAAAGAAUCUGUGAUGAUGUAAAAUCAAUGUGGAAAACUGAUUACUUACCUACUGUUCACCUAAUGCCUUUUUUUGCACUGUUGGGUAGAGCCUGUAACUAAGUAUUUCACUGUUCACCUGUUGUGUUCAGGGCACGUGACAAAUACACUUUGAUUUGAUUUGAUGUGGAACAGUGAUUGGAUUUGCAAAAAGGCAUCAAUGUAAGGCAGGGGACUCCAACCUUUCCAGCUCGAGAGCUACUUAAAAAAAACGUGUCUUAAGCUUCUCAUUUUAUUCUAGCUUUCAAAUAGGAACAUCCUUCUCUUCUUCUCUCCUGUGAAACUCUUCCCCAAGUCCUUAAUGUACAAGAUAAAGUAAUACACUGUUUUCUGUCAAUAUACCUGGUAAAAUAAUGGUUAAUAAACCAUGCUAAGGUGGGCCCCCCAAAUUCUGUUUUAGAUUUUUCCAAAUUCUGUUUUCAAAAUGUAUUUAUUUUUCCUGGUUUUAGAUUUUCUAAUCAAAAUUACAAUUGUUAAUAGAGAAAAAAAAUAUUGAAUGUUGUGAGUCCUUGUCAAUGCUUGAAUCACAUCAGAAGUAAAACAUUUAGGUCUGAUCCUUUAGACACCAAGGGGUGCACAUGUUGGUUUUUGCUACGCAGCUGAUUCAGCUGAUUCAAAUGAUCAAAGAUGGAUGACUAGUUGAUUAUUUGAAUCAGCUGUGUAGUGCUAGGGCAAAAAACUAAAUAUACAACCGUUUGGGUUACGAGGACACGAGGAGUUUGAGAAACGCUGAGCUAAAAUAUCUACAUUUGUUAGUUUUCUUCCAGACCUGAAAUGUUUGACAAAAAAAUUGGUCACUCUCCAGAAGGGUCAUGGCUAGAAGGGAUCCAGCUUUUGUCAAAUGUACGUCAAAGGCUAUCAUCUGUCCACUAAUACUGAACUAGUAUAGGCCCAGUGCACUACGUUUUUGUGAGAAAAAUAAGUGUCAGAUGUUUUGUAUUUUUUAUCAAUAAAUAAAACAAUAUUCCGUUUUUUUGUGGGGGUGCUGAAGAAAUCCUAUGGCCCAGUGCAUAUUUCUGCAGGCAAGAAGGAGAGGCUAUAAGGACAUUCCUGACCUGCAAAACAGACCACUAGAUGGCGAUGCCCUGGUUGAUUCUCAGCAUUCUGCUGACCUCACAAUUGACUGUGUUCCUGCCAAGUGAAGCCCAAAAGCAAACUCCUCCCCCUCACACUUCCAGCCCGAGCUGCCCAGCUUAUCCCGGUGUCCCUGGCAUACCUGGUCAUAACGGUCUGCCUGGGAGAGAUGGGAGGGACGGGCAUGACGGAGUCACAGGACCCAAGGGAGAGAAAGGACACCCUGGAGGAAUAGGGGUACAGGGACCCCCUGGUGAUGUGGGGCCAGCUGGACCUAAAGGGGAGAUAGGGGAGCCAGGAGAUGCAGGAGGCAACAGUGUGAUCAGCCAUUUACUCGCUGAGAUCCAACAGCUCAAAGCCAGACAGGCUAAUCUUGAGAAAGCUGCAAGCUUCAGGGUCUUCCAGAAGGCAGGGGACAAAUAUUUAGUGUCCAAUGGAGUGCUGGGGAGUUUCGAUGAAGGUUUGAAGUUCUGCAACAACGUUGGUGCGACGCUGGUCAUGCCAAGGAAUGAUGUGGAGAACCAAGCUCUUUCCAAAUUCAUUGUUGGUGCUUCGUAUGGAUUCCUGGGAGCAACAGACAGGAAAACAGAGGGUGUUUGGGUAGAUUUGAAUGACGAGCCACUGACGUAUCUGGACUGGCACAGUGGGGAACCAAACAGUGGAGGUAAUGGUAUAGAAGACUGUAUUGCAACAACAACCUCUGGACCUUGGGUUGAUAUUUCCUGUGAUGCAAACAGUGUUAUAAUAUGUGAAAUUUAAACAUUUAAAGAAGGGAUUUUUUUUCCAUAAAAUCACUGACCUACAUUUUAAUUGCUACUAAAUGAAUAUUCAAGCAAAUUAUCUUACCAAAUCUUAAAGGGCAAUAAUAAUAUAUCACAACCAUCCAGCAGACACUGUUUAUGAGAGCUGCAAAUUCUUUACAGACGGUCAAUAAAAUGAAUAAAAAAGA